AUGGGAUAAUAAAUUGAUCUCCUAGAUGAUCUAUCCUCUAAUAUUCAAUCCUCUUUCAUUAAGAUUACAAAACAAUAGCAUAAAUAAGAAGAAGGGACAUUUAGCGAUUACAUUAAAUAUUUACCAUUAAAUUAAUUUGCUGUUGAUAAUUAAGAUGUUUUCGGAAUGAAAUACAUUAAUGAUAGAUUUGUUCUAAGCUAAUUCAUUUUCUAAUAAAGAUAUGAUGAAUAAGAAUACUAAGUUAAACUAUUGAAUAGUUUCUCAGGAACAGAGAUACAUUAAGAAUAAUAUCGAAAUGCUAUUUUUGAGUUUUCAAUGAAUGAUAAUUAUGCUCUUUUAUUAAUAAAAUAAUAGUCCAAAACCAAUAACAUUCAAAGUGAAUAGUAAUCAGCCCUAUUGAUUAAGGAAGUGUUUACAGGCACUAUUCAAGAUGACACAUUAUAUUUAAACUAAAUAACAAAUAUCAAUAUCUGUAAGUAAGUGGCAUUUCAUCCAUUAAAUUCCAAUUAUCUCGUAAUUCUAUAAGCAUCUCAGGAUGGGAAUAGAUCGCACACAUAUCAAAAAGAUUAGUUUUUCUUAGUCUUUGAAAUGAAGGAUCUUAAAUAACCUAUAGUAAGAAUCAAUUUGAAUUCUGCUAUGAAUGGAAAUGUGUAAGCCUUUUGUUUAUCCUUACCAGAAGACAAUAAUUCAUUUCUCAUUUACUUUGUUAAUAACUUAGGAAUCGUCUAUUAUUAUGAAUUGAUCCUUCCUGACAUGGCUUUUAAAUUGUAAACUAAAAUGUAUUUACAGACAUCUAAACAAGAAUUAAUUCAAUUUGUUAAAGAGAAAAAUGAAAAAGAAUUUACUAUCAAUUAUAAAAUGACUACUCAAGAUGAUUAUCAAAUGGAGAAUAUCAGAUUUAAAUCUUUCUAAAAUUAAAACUACUAAUUGCCUAAAAAUACUUUUGUUUUAUUUAAAAAAGUACCUAUUGUUGAAUAUUAUUUAUUCAUUUUUGUCUCUAAAUAAUUAAAUAAUAAUUUGACUAUUCAAGUACUUAUUGGAAGAGAUUUAAACAAACUUUAUGAAAUAUAUAACGAUGAAGUUUAAUUUUCAAAAUACGGUAAUGAUGAUCUCGUAAUAUCAUAACUACAUAAAUAUUAAUAACCAUAAAUUAUAUAUUCUAGUGAAUAUACUACAUAAUUAGUUUAAAAUUCAUUUGAUUUGCUUAACAAACAUCAAAUGCUCUUAUUGUAUCAUAAUUCAUUAAUUUCGAUUGACUUUACAAAUGUUGUUCAAUAUCAAUAAAAUUAAUCUCCAAUAAAUGUUACUUGUAUUGACUUGAUAUCUUCUUGGAAAGAUUAAUCAGAACAAUUCAUACUUCAAGUGCUGUGUAUAGAUCUAUUCAAAUCAAAGUAAUUGUUAGUGAGAAUAAAUAAUAAGAAUCAAAGAUAAACAUUUCAAUUCUUACCUUAGAAGUUGCUCUUAGGAUUGACAGAAUCAAGUUCUGAAAUCAAUAAGAUUACAUUAGAUUUCUAUUAAGAAUAGAAUGUUUAUCUAACGAACAAAAGUGUUAUACAGCAAUUCAAAAAAUAUCUUGAAGUUAUAAGUAACAAAAGACUGCCAUAAUGCAAAACUGAAUAGGAUAUUAUAUCAAUAAAUGAAGAUCUAUCUAGUGCUUUGUAAUCAUCAAUAAAAGAAGUUGCAAUUAAAAUUAAACUCGAGGCUGAAAAUAUGAAUGAUGAGAUUGAUAUAAAAAUGAGAGGAGACUUGACUGAAUAAUAAUAAAGAAACUUAUAGCUAUAACUGUAGAUUUCACAGAAAAAUGAAAAAAUAAACUCACUACUUGAGAAGAUACAUUCAAUUUAACCUGCUGUCUUGAGAUAACAAUUUAUAAAUUAACAAUAAUAAUAAGAAUUGGAUUAAUUUGAACUUUAAUUCAAAUAGAUUCAAGAACAUAUUAAAUUGAAUUAAAGUUAGCUAGAAGGUUAGAUUUAAAUAAGUAAUCGAACGAAGUAAGAGAUCGAAUCAAUUUAAUCAAAUCUAAUAUAAUAAAUAUUAUAAAAAAAAGAAUGA